CAAAUAUGGCCAGAAAUGAGGAGAAGCAGCAUGGCAGACUCAACAGGCUCUGGCUUCAGAAGGAGAAGGAGGAGGGUCAUCUCAAGGAAGUUUACAGUAAAAGACCUAGGUUGUCUGCCUUACAUAAGGCUUCGGAUGUCAAGAAAUGGAUCCCCAGCAUUAAAAAUGAGAUAGAAUACUACUUAGAGCAGAGCCAGCUGACACACUAUUCUGACAGAAAAAUACAAGAAUUUCAAGAAAAAAUUGAAUCACUGAAAAAGGAGUAUCAGAGUUUUCUGUGGAAGCUGCGCAGGUUGGAUCCCACUUGCAAAGACCACCCCUGGAAGCAAAGAGGCUACAGCAGGAAGAGGACUGCAGACGGAAGUGCGUCAGACUCCGGGGAACAUGGUGGGACCAGGUUGCUGUGUACUCCGAUCCUCGAUAGUGUAAAGAAUGAUGUUAGUGACUCAGAGGAGGACACUUGCUGUGUUGGAGAAGACAAAGACCCAACAUCAGGUUGCACAAAUGUUCAUCUGCAAGUACAGGAUAAACCUCUUGAAUUUAACAUUAAAAAAUCUCGCCCUAAAGAUCUUUGGCUCAGGUCAUCCUAUAAUUCUAGUGAAAGCUGUACAAACAGAUUAAAAGAGAUUCUCUUGUCACAUCAUCAGGAUCAACAAGGACACACAAUGUCUGCAGAAAGGCAAGAGAGUCGGACUGAAGCAUCUUCCAGUAACACAGUGAAAGGGAUCCUAGGAUUAGACUGUUAUUCUUCCUCUGACGAAGAUAACUAACAGACUAUGUGCUUAACCCAUGUCUAAUCUAAGGCCAAAAUGCUUUUUAUCUGGCCCUUCAUGUUCCAAACUGAGUACUGGGAGGAUUUUUAUUUAUUUAGCAAAUUAAUGAUGUGAAUAUAUAGGAAGUAGAAAAUUAUCUAGACCCUGUGUGCUUUUUCCCAUGGCUAUAACAUUUUGCCAGCAGAUAUUGACCUUGUGCAAGCCAAACCAAUGACAUAUCUAGCUAUAGUACUGCUCAUUGAAAGGGUGGAAAAGUUGAAAUUAAACAUUCACAAUUCAGAUAGAGCAUUCAAUUGUAAUCAACUUUCCAAUUUAUUUCUCUAUGAAACAAGGAAAAUACUUGCUUGACGUGCAAGUUUGGUGCACAACCUUUUCAGAUGCAAUCAAACAAAGUUCCAGAAACCUACAGAUUGAGUAGUCACAGAAAGGGGGUUAGGAAUAAGCCAGUGGCAUGAAUGUGUAUUCAGAUUUGAGAAGUGAAAAGCUAACAGGGUAGGAUGGGAUAGAAAGUGGAGGCACCUUGUAAACACCCGUGCCUUAAAGUGAGUUAUCCCAGAUUAACAAUUCUGUCAAACAAACUAUAAUGUUGAUAGUGCCAUAUGUACAAUAAAUCAAAGAAAAAAAUUAUUAAAAAAAUAUCUGAAUGCUUAUUUUACCCUUAAACCAUUUAGAUAUUUAUUUUCCUACCUAGUAACAAUUUGAAGGACAUAAGGUACAAGCAAACAAUAGUCAUUUAGGUUUAUUUGUAUUUAAUCACAAAAUCAAUAUAUACAUAUUUAUUUAAUAGUCAACUUUGUGGUCAUAAUACAAUAUGAAACUAGAGGAAAAUGAGAAAUAAUUUAAUCGGUUUAAUUUCACAAACUGAAUAAUGUAACUUGUCCUUGGGCGUUAAUGAGACUCAUGUUAUGAGAUACAUUAUCUCCCUUGCUUCAUGACGUGUGCUUAGCUGCUAGGAAUUAAAGGGACAUUAAAAUGUUUGACAUAAUGAUGUAUUCAAAGCAAAGAUUAAACUGCAAAUAACAUGCAGAUCUGUUUUAAAUUAUAGUCGUUAUAGAAAUAUUUCAAAAUAAAUAUAAAGUUUUGAAAGGGGUACUGCCAUAUUGUAACUAAGUUAUCCUACGGAGGUCAAUUAGGGACAAUUAUAAAUGUUCUGAAAAGUAACAGUCUCAAAUGGUUUAGUGUCCCUUUAAAACAUUGUCAUGAAGUACAACUGUACAUUCCUCACGUUGAUCUAUUUAUUCAAAACUUAAAAUAGUUUAUUGUAAAAUAUGACCCCUGCUUUGUGUUUUUUAGUUAUAAAAUGAUUGGAACUGUUAACGUUGCUCUCAUCUUAAAAUAACCAUGAAAUAAAACUAUAUUUAAUACAAUUCCCUAAAGAAAUAAAAGGUCCUGUAGGAGACAAAGUGUGUAAGUAAUUAGCGGCCUUUUUAAUGAGGGCCAUUCAUACAGUUUAGGUUUUGUAUUUCUUGUGCAAACGUGACCAUUUAUUCUCCCGCAGGGAUCUGAAUAAGGAUUUAUUUUCAGUCUUUAACACAAUAUCUCCACGGAUGCAGAAGGAGUGCUUAGUUUUUUUGCUGGUCAAUGUUUUCAGGUACAGGACUAAUACUGGCUCUGUCAAAAGUCAUUUUCUGCUCUUCCUGUUCCACCUCUGUGUCCUUUGCACAUUUAAAGGUGCUGUGAAAAAGAUGCUCAAUUUGGCUCAGGAAUUCCUCAGCAACAAUGGGACAGGCUGCUCUCAAUAAAGUCUUCUCCAAACAGGUCAAGAGCUGUUGCAAAAAAAAAAGUCAAAUGAAUGAAUUAAUAAGCCGGUAGCAUAGGCUACAUUUAUAAACUGUACUUUUUUGUGUGCAUUGCAUUUGUGUAGUGCUGUUAAAUGUUUGUUGAAAGGAAAACAUCCCCUAAUAUUAAUUAAGCCUUGCACUGGUGUAGGCACUAACACGACAUCUAAACAUAAUAGCACCACCUGCUGCUUGUCAUUGGUAAUUACAUUACUGGAACGUUGCUUAGCUUCAAAAUGUGCGACUGAAAAGCCAUGUUACAGCAAUUUCACUAAACCAUACGUGUGCACUUCAUUGUGUCUUUGCUGCACUGUAUCUGAAACAUUGCUGCUUUAUCAAGUUCGGUUUGCCGGGAAUUCUAUGUCUUGUGUACAACAAAACCCAUAGGUGAUAUUUGUCAUGUGACUCCCCACACAUUUUGUUAUAUAUUAUUGUGCGAUAAUGCAUUACUUUGUACCAUCUGUUCCUUUAUCUGAAUGUUCAAAUGUAAUAUGUCCCUAAUAAACUCAAACAUCUUUUUGAAGGGGUGUAUUAUUGGACUGCAGAAAAACAAUGCUAAUUUUGUUAAAUAAAAUGUUUUGCGUACCACACGGGUUGUUUGUAAUGCUGCACAUAUAGCUAAAUAAAUACUAUGCGUAUAUAA